GAGCCAUGUCCACCUUGUUUCCCUCACUCUUUCCCCGUGUGACUGAGACUCUGUGGUUUAAUCUGGAUCGACCUUGUGUGGAAGAGACAGAGCUUCAGCAGCAAGAACAGCAGCAUCAGGCCUGGCUCCAGAGCAUUGCAGAGAAAGACAACAACCUGGUACCUAUUGGCAAGCCAGCUUCAGAGCACUAUGAUGAUGAGGAAGAGGAAGAUGAAGAUGAUGACGAGGAUAGUGAAGAGGACUCAGAGGAUGACGAGGACAUGCAGGACAUGGACGAGAUGAAUGACUACAAUGAGUCGCCUGAUGAUGGAGAGGUCAAUGAGCCUCCUCUCCAGGUGGACAUGGAAGGCAACGAACAGGAUCAGGACCAGUGGAUGAUCUAAGUAGACAAGGCAUGGUGGCCUCAGGGAGAGUCCAGGCCAACGUAACCUACCUGUAACCCCUGCAGAACCAGCUGAUCACCCCAGUGCCUGAAAGCUCACCCUCAGGCACCUCUUCAGCUGCUGCCAGGACCUGGUCUCCUUGGCCCUUCCCAGGUCAUCAGCCUGCCCUUGAAUCCCAGGAGCCGGAGCCCACCCCACCUUUCUGGCCAGUACCUCACCUUUUGGUUGCCAGGUGUAGUCUCUUUCUAACUCUCUUUAAUAAAGACACAGGACUGAUUUUCCCCCCA